AUGAUAUUACAAAUUACACCAACUUUGUGGCUCGUCUGUUACAUCAUAUUAGAAGCCAAGGGUCUCCGAUGUUUCCGAUGUAUUGAUUGUCCAGAAAAAAUUCACCAGGGUGCAGACGGUGUUAUUACUGAGGAAUGUGACAAACAAUGUAUGAUGAUUGUUUACUACACCAGCAAUGGCACUACAGCACUAACCAGCCGAUUAUGCGCAAUAUGUCCAGAAAACGCAGAGAAUAAAGGCGAAAGUUUGACGUCUAUAACAACGUGUUGUUCUACGGAUCUCUGUCCAGAAGGUGAAACUGGCACAAGUGACCAGCCUACUUCCCAGAGGCAUUCUCCAUCUGUGACGCGUUCAAGUGAUCAAUCUACUCUAAGGAUACGUUCACCAGAAGGUUCAACUCGUACAAGUGGUCAGGCUACUUUAGAGACACAUGCUCCGGAGACUUCAGCAACUUCAACGGAAACGAAAAUGGUUCAAGUAACAUCGGAAGGGGCAGCGGUGCAGACUUCAGGGUUGCCGACUGGAACAGCAGAAUGUGUAAGCGAACAUAAUGCGGCUGCCGCUGCGCUAUUCGUGCAUAUGUUCACCACAUGGUUUGCUCUGUGGUAAAACAUUCACGUGUGAUGAUAUUUUUGAUAACUUACCUUUGUACGUCCGACGGCUAAUCUGCAGGCCUUGGAGAUAAAUUUAGCAACGAAUGCACAUGAGUACACCAUGAAAUUAAUGACACCCCUAAGAGAUCACCUUCCCUGAUUAUGCUUGUAUUGACUUUUGGCAUUAUAAGCCAACCCCCGAUGAACAGAAUAUAAAUU